AUGGAUAGCGAUGAGUAUAAAAAUGAAGUUGAAGCAAAUGUAAAGGCAGAAAAACUUUUACAGUUGCAAAACCAAACCGUACAGUAUGAAAACUUAGCACAAGAAAGUAAAAAUAACGACGCAGCCAUGCAAAAGGCAAUGAAAAGCGCAGAAUAUAUAAAAGCUAACAAUGACUGGUUAGAUGCCCAAGCCAACGCUAAAGCAGCCCAACUUAUAGGGUCAAUAAGGACAAAAAUACAAGCGGAUGAAGACAGUUCAAAUGAAGCUUUAAUGAAUGCUGACUUUAAGAACGCCUUCGAAGCUCUUCAUAGUAAGGUGAAACUAGUGAACGACUUCUCAUCUGGAAAGAAACUGAAGUCUGAAGGUUUCGACAAAGAGUUAAGAGAAGUAGCACAAAAUAUGACGAAAAUAACAGAUGCAGCAACGAGACAGGCAGUUCAAAGUGCCUAUGACGCCGUUAGAGCAACUGUUGUGGAAAGUCAAGAAAAAGAGUUACAACAGACCAAAACAGACCUAGUAAAUGCUUUCUUAAGAACGAAAAGUCAGGUAGGACAUUAUGCUGCAGAUGGAACAUAUGUGCCAGCUGGUGGAACUUAUAUACCAGCUGGUGGAACUUAUAUACUAGCUAGUGGAACUUAUAUACCACCAAACCCUCCAAGAGAAGCACCUGCACCAGGACUACCUAAAACAUUUACAUCGUCACAUGGACACAGACACAAGCAUGCACCAAAACCAACACAACAACCAACAGUUCAAAAUCCAGCACCAAAACCAACAGUUCAAAACCCUGCACAACAACCAAAACAACAACAACAACCAACAGUUCAAAAUCCAGCACCACAACCAUCUCCACAACCAGCACAGCAACCAACAGUUCAAAACCCUGCACAACAACAACCACAAACAGAGCAAGGACAUAAAAGAAGUAGAGAACAAGGAAACCAAGAAUUCUUAAAAAUGCUUAAAGAAGAGUAUGGUUACCCAGAUACUAUUGACUUUAGUGACAGAUAUAAAGAAGCUAUUAGAAAGUUCAAUGAAGGAAAUACUGACCCGAACCUAUUUAGCUUUAUGGCUCAGCACCAAAUCGGAUAUAAUCUCAAACCUGGAAAAUACAAGCUCGCUAAGGGAUAUGAUUUAAUAGCAUAUCAUCCAAGUGACAUGAAUGAAUAUACUCCGAGAUAUUUGGUGUCAGAGAUAAAUGAUAAUUCAACUAUCUUCAUGAAACGCGUAAAAAAUAGAGACGGAACGAAAGAAAAAAGGGUUAUGAAUGCGGAUGACUUAAAUAGGGAACUUGUUAAAAACGGUCUCGGAAUAUAUGAAAUGCCACCAGAUGAGGUACAAGAAACUCAACAGGAAGAAGUUCAGAUACAACCAGACAUGGAAGAAAUAGUUCAGCAACAACAGCUAGAAGAGCCUGAAGGAAACGAACAAGUCCCUCCUUUGGAAACUAACUUCACAGAACUAGAUGAAGAUUUGGAACAGCCGAAAAAUCUUGACCCUCAACAAGUGUAUGCGGGGAAUAUGGAAUCUUUCCAAGAGUCUAAGAAAAAUUCGGCUGACAGAGUAGAAGAAUAUCGAAAAAUUUUUACCGACAUACAAAAGACUCCAACAUCAGAUGAAAAUAUUCAGCAUAGAAUGGAAGUACUGAAAGAAAAUGUACGCCAAUACAACAA